GGAUGGUAGGAGUGUGGCACAGCUGCAGCCAGAGCGGUGUUCGAUCCUCCAGUAUCCUCCAGUAUCUACUGCACACCCGCUGUCAUUUACAAGCACACCGUGUCACUGAGGCAUCAUUCAGCUGCAAUAAAGCACCACGAACCAGCCGGUGGUGAAUCCACACCCAGCCAGCCACACCGACUCAGACCUGAGGUUUUACGCGGAGCACCGGAGCUCAGAGGCGGCAGAGAUGGACGAGCAGCCGCGGCUCAUGCACUCUCACGCCGGGGUGGGUAUGGGGGGACAUCCCGGUCUACCUCAGCACAUGCCGGAGGGAAGUGGAGCAGUGGACGGGGACGCGAGGAAACAGGACAUCGGAGACAUUUUACAACAGAUCAUGACCAUAACUGACCAAAGUCUGGAUGAAGCACAGGCCAGGAAGCACGCUCUGAACUGUCACCGGAUGAAGCCGGCGCUCUUUAACGUUCUGUGUGAAAUAAAGGAAAAAACAGUUCUGAGUAUCCGGGGAGCGCAGGAAGAGGAGCUUCCCGAUGCCCAGCUCAUGCGACUGGACAACAUGCUGCUGGCGGAGGGCGUGUCCGGCCCCGAGAAAGGGGGCGGCUCAGCGGCGGCUGCGGCGGCGGCGGCGGCGGCUUCGGGAGGAGCGGGACCGGAUAACUCGGUCGAACAUUCGGACUACAGAGCCAAACUCUCUCAGAUCCGUCAGAUCUACCACACCGAGCUGGAGAAAUACGAACAGGCGUGUAAUGAGUUUACCACUCACGUGAUGAACCUGUUGAGGGAGCAGUCACGCACACGACCCAUCUCGCCCAAAGAGAUCGAGCGCAUGGUCAGCAUCAUCCACCGCAAGUUCAGCUCCAUCCAGAUGCAGCUCAAACAGAGCACCUGUGAAGCAGUGAUGAUCCUGCGCUCGCGCUUCCUCGACGCCAGGAGGAAGAGGCGAAACUUCAACAAGCAAGCCACCGAAAUCCUCAACGAGUACUUUUACUCCCACCUGAGUAACCCCUACCCCAGCGAGGAGGCUAAAGAGGAGCUCGCAAAGAAAUGCUCCAUCACCGUCUCCCAGGUGUCCAACUGGUUCGGAAACAAGCGCAUCCGGUAUAAGAAGAACAUCGGUAAGUUCCAGGAGGAAGCCAAUAUGUACGCCGCCAGAACCGCCGUGAACGCCGCCAGCGUCUCAGCACACGGCAGCCAAGCCAAUUCGCCCUCCACUCCAAAUUCAGCAGGUUCUGCCGGCUCUUUUAACAUGUCCAAUUCUGGUGAUUUGUUUAUGAGUGUGCAGCCUAUGAACGGUGAUUCGUACCAGGGGGCUCAGGUGGGAGCCAACGUGCAGUCGCAGGUGGAUACCCUUCGCCAUGUUAUCAGUCAGACAGGAGGAUACAGUGAUGGCCUCACAGCCAACCAGAUGUACAGUCCGCAGGGCAUCACCGCUAACGGUGGAUGGCAGGAUGCUACUACCCCCUCCUCAGUGACCUCACCCACAGAAGGACCCGGGAGUGUUCACUCCGACACCUCCAACUGAUCCCUCCAUGGCCCUCGCUUCUCCUUCUCCUCGUUCUUCUUUUCCAUCCCUCACCGCUGCACAAAACAUGGACUUUCUGCUCCGAUUGAUUCAUCACUGUUUCACUAACACACACACACACACACACACACACACUCACACACUCACGGACAGCAUUACA